AUGACGUAUCGAGCAGUGGCUUCGGAGCAAUUCUUUCAUCUUGAGAAACGCGUCAACUCGCCCCGCUCGCAUUGUAACUCCCCGUCCUCAAUCUCUGAUGUGGAUUUAGGCCGAGGUUCGACAAGUAAAGCGAUGCCAGUCAGUAGCAAGCCCGAUAGCACGGACGCAGUUCAAGGGGAUAAGGUUGAGUCUCAGGAUGCUCGCAAGAUCAAGAAGGUUAAGGCAGAGAAGCAACAACUUACGCCUGCUGAAGCAGAUAGUGACUAUCUGCCUACCGACAUUGACGAAGAUGAAGAGGAUAAUUUGCUUGAGUACUCCGAGUCUUCCUUAAAUCGUGAUAGGGUUGCUGAUGGAUGUUCUGCUGGAUAUGUUGCAAUGGACUCAGCUGCUAAUUUUGAAUGUGACAGUGAGUUGCCACGUAGUCAUAGCCGCCGCACGCUCUACAUCGAGUACUGGAGUCGGACAGAUGAGUGUAAGGAGCGAAAGUGGGACCAUCUAGACGAUAUUGCCGAGAAUUUUGGAUCUGCUGAGGAACACAUCUUCGCUACAACUUUAAAGGGCAUCGAGCACUGGACAUUGUGGCACAUCAAGGACCUGAAUCAUGAACUCGUGAAACAGUACGUGGAGAGCUGGAUUGAUGCCAACGCACCACAUGUAGAGCGGUGGAACUACGACGAUAAUCCUGAAAGGUCUAUCGAUAUUUUUCACGUACACGUGUACUUUCAGGUGGCGAAGGGUCGCACGGUUCUACUGGAUCGGAAGGGUGAGGCGAUGCGCUGGUCCAGCCCAAGCUCAUUAUUUAUACAGAUGAGGACAUCGUGUCGAGCUAGGUAA